CUCAUCUCAAAUCCAAACCCUAUUCCCAUUCCCGAAGAGCUUUCUUCUGCAACUGCACCGCUUCUACUCCCACUCCCUCAAAUGACCAACCCUUUCUCCUCACAACCCCUCUCUACUACGUCAACGCUCCUCCCCAUAUGGGUAGCGCUUACUCCACCAUCGCCGCCGAUGCCAUUGCUCGCUUCCAGCGCUUAUUGGGAAAGAAAGUGAUAUUCAUUACUGGAACUGAUGAACAUUGUGAGAAAAUUGCAACUGCUGCUAUGGCCCAGGGUUCCACUCCACCUGACCAUUGUUAUCUCAUUUCACAAGCUUACAGGACGCUCUGGAAAGAUCUAGAUAUUUCGUAUGACAAGUUCAUUAGAACAACUGAUAGCAAGCAUCAAGCAAUUGUAAAGGAAUUUUAUUCGAGGGUGCUUGCCAAUGGUGACAUUUACCGAGCUGAUUAUGAGGGAAUUUAUUGUGUCAGCUGUGAGGAGUAUAAGGAUGAGAAGGAACUCCUGGAGAAUAAUUGGGAAUAA